ACUAAUACCUUUACAUAAAACUCACAUUACAGCUGAUGCCUGAUGCUGAUUCCUGAUUACGUAGAUGCUACGUAACUACAUUGAAGUGACGGUCACAGACCAUGGCCAAUUAAUCAAGUAGACGUCUGAUGAUUCGCGUGGGACGAAAAAGCCUACUGUCACGGUUUCCUAUUAUGGCACUCUUCAGAGAGGACGACACCACCAAGAAAAUGUCUAUUGACAUUGGAGGGAUGCGUAAACCAUACAAAGGAAAAAAUGAGGCAUUUACAGAAGAUGACCUUGUGGCCAAAGAACCAAUUGCACAGUUUCGAGAAUGGUUUGAUCAAGCAUGCAGUACCCCUGGUAUAAUAGAGGCCAAUGCAAUGUGUUUGGCAACAUCUACCAAGUGUGGGAAACCAUCUGCUCGUAUGGUAUUGCUCAAGGGAUAUGGAAAAGAUGGUUUUAGGUUUUUCACCAAUUAUACUAGCAGAAAGGGGGAGGAGCUGACAGAUAAUCCCUUUGCAAGUUUAGUGUUCUAUUGGUCUUACAAUGGUGAGGAUAUAUCCUGGGCAAGACAGGCUGAGAAUCCUCAAGCUAGCCUAUGUUUUUAUUGGGAACCUCUCAUGAGAUCAGUUCGAGUUGAAGGAACUGUUGAGAAAUUAAGUGAGAAAGAGUCUGAUGAUUAUUUUCAUUCACGUCCUCGCAGCAGUCAAAUAGGAGCUUGCAUCAGCCCACAGAGUAAGGUUAUUGAUGGUCGUCAUGUUUUAACAGAGAGAGAGCAAGAGUUAUCAGAAGAAUAUAGAGAUGAGAAAAAGAUCAUUCCUAAACCGGAAACAUGGGGUGGUUUUCGUGUAGUCCCUGAGGUAAUUGAAUUCUGGCAGGGACAGACCACGCGCAUCCAUGAUAGGAUAUGUUUUAGGAAGCCCCUACCUGAUGAAGUGCUAAAUGAACAGUUAACCAAACAAGGAGAAGAUGGAUGGGUUUAUGAACGCCUGGCUCCUUGAAGUUGAUUUUGUAAAUAAUUAUAGAAUAUUAACACAUUAUUGAGGAAUUUGUAAAAGUAAGUUAAGUACAUUAUUUUAUUUAUACUAAAUAUUUUAUUGAUGUGAAGGGUUUGAUGAUUGACUUAUUCAGUUCUGUAAAUCAAAAUUAGCUACAAAAAUUUUGCACAUCAAGUCAAGUACAAUGUGCAGAGCUUAUAAAGCAGUCAGGGAAAAUGUAAAUGUUUGCAGAUUUGGAAUCUGGAUCAAUGGGUUUAAGAUUACAGGAGCACUUAAUCUUCUCUUCCAUACACAGACAUCAAAUCUUGUCAGCAUUUUACUUACAGACAUGGAAGAGAGGGAGAAUAAAGGUGUGUUCACAUGGUCGAACAAUGUACGACGGACAAACAUUAUUACCAAUUAACAAUUGUCUGCCGGUCUUUGCCUUGUGAGCAGAGUAAAAACAGUUGUAUACAACCUCAUCUGGUAUCACUGUUUGUUGCCAGAUCUACUUCCAUCGUUUCAACGCUUAUGACGUCAUCCUGCUUCGCCUAUGAUACGGUAACAAUGUUUGUCCGUCGGACAUUGUUCGACCGUGUGAACGCACCUUAAAGUGAAAGUAGUGAAAAUUUUGUGCCAUAAUAGCUUGAAAUAAGGUGCUUGUGUAACAGCAUGGAAGGUCAUCACUUAAACUUCAACGGUUGAUUAAUAAGACUGUUAAAACACGAGAAGGUUGUCUAAGAUUAUUCUCUCAAAAGAUCUAAGAAUAACAUGAAUUGGCAAUAACAUAUAAAGUGUAAUCUUGAGUUGCCAAAUACAACUCAUGACACACUAGAGUUCACAAAGACUUUAAUAGCACAUUGGGAUAUGAUUUUAUGACACACACACACACUGUAGUUCACAGACUUUAACAGCAUACUGGGAUAUGAUUUUACAAACAUUUUAACAUAAGUUACACUCUAAUACAAAAAAUAAAAAAACUGGUGAAUAACUUGCCCUCUUGAUUACAACACCAUCAUUCUGCAACAAAUCUGACUAUGUAUUAACAGUAACCAAAAUAUUAUCCAUACAGGUUCAAGAUUUUUGUAAUAUUUAAUUCACACCAAGUCAAGCUUCAACCCUAUAGUUUGACCUAUGGCUUCUCAAUACCCAGAUGACUUGUCCACACUUAAGUAACAAUUAUUGGUAUUCCCAUCACAAUAUCUAUCCUUGAUUGCUUGUUAAAGAGACUAAUCUGUGAGAAUUGUAUGUUAUUAACUUGUUACUGUCAUUCAAAAAGUUUAUUACUAUUGGGAACAUCUGUGACAGGUACUAAACUACAGAUUUUUUGUCGAACUCUAUUCCUGUUUCCUGGAUUUACAGAUUUGGUAUGGAUUAGCACAAACUUAAGCUCAAUAUUACUUGUACAGUAUUUAUACCAGGCCACCAUGAUACUAAGUGGUGGACAAUUUUUUUUUAAAAAACAUUCAUUCCAGUUCCAAGGUCCCUUUAGCCAUUGAAACUGUAGUUCCCCCUCAUUUUUUUUCUUUUAGGUUGUCCAACCUUAACUUUCACCAGUUCUCACUACUAAAAGGAAAUUCCUCAGGCUGUCAUGUAAAAAGUGAUGUCUUUAAAUAUUUUUCCGUUUUCUUUUAUUGCCAUUUCAUUUAACAUUUUCUUCCAAGUUUUGCAUUAGUAAUGUUAGUAUUCAGUUUUCUUUGUCUAUUUUCAGUAGCUGUAGUUAUUAUAUGACAGCAAAAGUUAUAUCUAGAGAAAGUUUGCCUCAUUUUGUAUAACAAAUGCUGCAAGUACUAGUGACAGUCUUCUAUUCACUGGUUGCCAACAGUUUAUGCAACAUAUGGUGUUUUGUAAUUAUACAUUUUUUCCUUACUUAACUGCUUUUGAGAUUUAGUUCACCAGAACAUUUUUAUGGUAAUUACUUAUCAGACCACCGAGCUGAUUCACAGCUCUCCUAGGGCUGGCCCGAAGGAUUAAGAUAUUUUUAUGUAGCAUAUAGUUUAGUGUGGGAUCUGAACCACAUUAUAUCAAGAAAUGAAUGUCUAUUCAAUAAAAGUAAAUUCCUUUAAUUCCACAUUGGCAGAGCGGGGCAUUGAACUUGCGACUACCGAAUUGGUAGGCGAGCACAUAAUUUGUCCAACGAGGAACUAACAGAUGUACCGACACUGUUUUAAUACAGUUAGUAGCAAUGUAGAUGUUAAAAGUUUUCAAUAUAAUAAGAAUUUAGUAAAUAUGUAUGGCAUCUAUUAAUAGUAAUGUAUAUAUGAAAAGUUUUCAAUAUAAUAAUUUAAGCAUCUAUGAAGAGAGCAAACCCAAAAGAGAAGACUGCAGAAAAGUAGCUAAACAUGGUUAAUAAUAAAUUAAUAUAGUCAUAGAAUAGAAUUAUACAUUAGCUGUACAGAAACUUGUUUUAAUACAGUUAGUCUAACUGUUGUAGCUAUACCUAAUGUAAUUAAGUAACUUCAUACAUAUAAUGUUUAUACUUAAUUACUAAACCUACUAAGUUAUGUUUGAGCAUCAGUUCAGAAGGCAAUACCAGUUGAACUGCAGAAAAGUAGCUAAGCAGGGUAAGAAUAAAUUAAUAGUCUUAUAAUUAUACAUUAGAACAAUGCUUUCAGUAUUCUACUCUCAACAUGUGUGAAAAAUUCAUAACAAACUCUAAAAAUUCCCGGUACUUUUUAGCAUUUUACUGCCUUGUUUGUUAUUUUCAAGAAUAAAUUAAUAGUGUCUUAUAAUUAUACAUUAGAACAAUGCUUUCAGUAUUCUACUCUCAACAGGUGUGAAAAAUUCAUAAACUUUAAAAAUUCCAGGCACUUUUUAGCAUUUUACUGCCUUGUUUGUUAUUUUCAAGUAACAAGGAAAUGUAGUGCAGCAUUAUCUAAUGCCCUUUGGAAAGUUCUGAAACUGUAAACCGUAAACCUCUGCAGCAUCAACCACAAUAUUCAUUCUGUUUUUACAUUAAAAACUUCAGCAAGUUA